CACUCCCAUCAUAUUGUAUUACCUCUCUCUCCAUCCACUCUGUCACUCCUCGUCCGUACCCUGUCUCUGAUUCUCCUCCUCCUCUCUCUCUCCCCUUCACCUGCUACCUCCUCACCCUGUCAUUCCCCCACAUCCUCUCCUUCGCACGUGCAACCACUCUCUCUCUCUACUUUUCUUAUUCCCCCUCCCUCUCCUCUCUCAUGGUGCAACAAAUAAAAGCUAGAGAGAGAAACUAAACUAAAACUAGCUUAGUUUUAUUUUCAUGUCUUGGUUAGUUGUGUUAUUAUAAUUUGUUGGCUUGGCUCUCAUCAUCAACACCAAUCCAACAAAAUCACCAAGAAAAUCAAGUCUUGCACCCGAUGAGGAUUCGGAAAAGACAAGCACCGUACCCUAUAUCUUCACUUUCGCCGGUGCCACUUUCAGAUCUCCGCUUGCCGGUGGUGCAAUUUCAUCAGAGUCUUUUCCAAGAAGAUGACACGGCUGCCUACUUCAAUCCUCCGUCCUCUUCUGAUCAGUCAAGUCAACCGAUCCGUGAUGAUAAGCUCGAGACCAAAGAUUGCCCGGUUUGGUUGAAUGAGGGAGAAGAAGGCGAGAAGGGUAAUGAUUUCAGGGUCGGAAGUUUCUUGAGUGCAGACACAGAAACAAGUAUGGUUACUAAAGAAAAAUCAUUUCCGUUAAAGAAAAGGAUCACAGGGAGUGUAACUUCCGACUCGGAAGAAAAAGGUGAUAAGAAAAUGAAAACGAAAAUGAACAAGAAAUGCGAUAAAAACAAUCAAGAUAUAGAGAGUGUUAGUAAGAGACGGGACAGAGGCGGUGCAGUAUUAAUGGAGGGAUCGCGGUGCAGUCGUGUGAACGGAAGAGGGUGGAGAUGUUGUCAACAAACACUCGUGGGAUACUCUCUUUGCGAGCAUCAUUUAGGUAAAGGAAGGCUUAGAAGCAUGACCAGUGUUCGAACUAGACCCGCGUUAAAGAAAGUUGGUGCUGCUAAACCGCUAUUAUCGUUGGGAUCAGAUGUUAAAGAUGAGCAACUUGGUGGUGAUUGUGUUGAAAUGGAUUUUUGUGAGGAAGAUAAUGAAGCAAGAUCAGAGGAAAAGAAGCCAUUGAUGAUGAACUCAAUGUCGAAGAGGAAGCUUGGAAUAGUCAAAGCUCGAUCAAUUAGUAGCUUGUUGGGUCAAGCAGAUAAUGUAGCUUUUGAAAGAGAAUGAGGAUCGUUCCAUGUUCUUGAUUUGGAUUCUUUUGUGAAGAACAGAUAGAUGCUGUUUUCUUAUAUUUUUUUAAUUAUGGUGUGGAUCUUUUGUCUAGAGCUCUUUAUUGACGAUAUGGUUAGAAUAUUUGUUAAAGAAUGAGGUAUAAUAUAAGUUUGUUUUGUGUUUA